AUGGCAGAUUUUGGGUGCUUGGACACAGACAUUCCCUUUGAUGUGCUCUCCCGCUUGCAAACGAAAUAUUUGCUGGGAUUGAAGUGUGUCUCUAAAGGAUGGAAGGACCUUAUAUCUGAUCGCUCUUUCAUCCAGGCUCAGUCACAAAAGAAAGAGCCACUGUCAGGAUUCUUCUUCCAGCAGAGGCAUCGGUACUGUCCUGAUGACAUAAAAACUAUUACCUAUUUUCCUGUUGAAAGGAAUAGAUCGCAGCAGGAUGUCUUCGCUUUCCUCCCUCAGGAUGUCUUGGUGUUGGCAUCGUGCAACGGGCUUGUUUGUUGUCGAAGUUGCUACCCUUUUGAAGAUCCAGCUAUCUAUGUCUGCAACCCCUUGAACAGUGAAUGGUGGAAACUGGAUUGGAAGGAACCUGGCAAAGAAAGCUUCAUUGCUCUGGCGUUCAAUCCCUUCCAGGAUAUCUCUGUCAAUUUGACAAAUUUCAAGGUUGUUCGACCGAGGCAAUUUGAGACUGAGCAGGAGGAAGCAUACUUCUCAUUUGAAAUAUAUUCCUCAAGGACAAGGAAUUGGAAGCUAUCAAAAGAGGUUUGCUGGUGUGACAACAGUUUAUCCAAGAAUGAAGGCAUUUUUAGUGGAGGGAUCUUACACUGGCUCACUGAUGGUGACCAAAUCCUGACUUUUAAUGUAGAGAAUGAACUAGCUUUGCUGAUUUCAACGCCACUCCCAGCUGGAGAGUUUAACAGCAGGCCUCACGCUUGCAUUGGAGAAUCUGAAGGUCAACUGUCUUAUGUACUGAUCUCUGAAGAAGGACUUCAUGUAUGGGUUCUUGAGGACUACUUUGAUUCUACUUGGUCUCUCAAGUACUCGAAAACUCUUGCGCAGAUAGAAAAGGAACACUCGGGCAUCUUGGUCAAUUUAUACAACAGAGUGAUGCUCUGGCAGAGAAUUGAUGAUCGCCCAUGGAUGGAUCCCUUGGCCUUCAAAGAUGGGGUCUUGGUAGUAAGGAUAUCUAAUACCAUCUACUUAUAUCAUGUUGACACCAGCAAGUUGGAGGAAGUUGGCGAGACUUCAAAGUUUGGUGCCAUGUCCUGGGUUUCCCCCAUAGUGCUUCCCUAUACCAUGAGCCUGGUUCCUUUAGGUCGUCAAUUGGGGUCACCUUAA